AUGUUGUCAGCUUCACGAUUUGGUGUUCAAGUACUUGGUCGUGGUGUGGCGCCAGCAUUGGGACAGGUUCGAACUUACGCCGAUGCGAAAUCCAGCCAAAAGGGACAAUAUCGCAUCGUUGAUCACACUUUCGAUGCGAUUGUUGUUGGUGCUGGUGAGUUCUUGAUUAUUGUUUGGUUUUUAGGUGUUGAAGAGGAAGAAUACGGUCUACAUAAGUUUAAUAGUUAUCUGGCAUGAAGGAUAUUAUGUUAAAUUUCAAUUUAUGAGGAUAUUUCGAUGUUAUACAUGACAUUAACUUAUUUGUCUAUAUUAUCAUAGUUUGAGCUUUUAUUUUGAUGUUUUUAUGUUAGUUAGCUAUAAUAUAGUUAGGCUAUACUGUGCUUGACGGUCCAAAUCAAGAUUUAAGCUUAACUAUUACUUUACAUCAAUAAUAUGGUAUUAUCUAUGACACUAACUCAUUCUUAUCAUAUUAUUCUAGGUGGCGCCGGACUCCGUGCAGCUAUGGGUUUGGCUGAAGGAGGGUUUAAGACUGCUGUUAUUACCAAGCUGUUCCCUACCCGUUCUCACACUGUAGCCGCUCAAGGAGGUAUUAACGCCGCUUUGGGUAACAUGAACCCAGAUGACUGGAGAUGGCACUUCUAUGACACAGUUAAAGGUUUGUUUUGUAUUUUUAUUGUUGUUUGGUUUUAGGAAAAGAUAAAGCAUGGUUUUAAGAUUGUUUUGAUGUGGAGAUGAAUAAAAUUGAUGGGCUAUUGAAUUAUAUUGUUUUAGGUAGAGCAUCAGAUAUAUUGAUGUUAAAGUUGAAAUUUUGUGUUUUGAGAGCUUCUUAUGAUCUUUUUAUGCCGUUUUUAUUAACAAUUAGUAAUAUUAGCUUAUUGUUUUUACAUUUUACUUUGUGCUUUUAGGAUCCGACUGGCUGGGAGACCAAGAUGCCAUCCACUACAUGACCAGAGAAGCCCCAAGAGCCGUAACCGAACUGGAAAACUACGGAAUGCCAUUCUCACGUACAUCAGAAGGUAAAAUCUAUCAGCGUGCGUUUGGUGGUCAGUCCAACAACUACGGAAAGGAUGGUCAAGCUCAUCGUACAUGUUGUGUAGCCGAUCGUACCGGACACUCGCUUCUUCACACUCUGUACGGCGCUUCUUUACAGUAUGAUUGCCAAUACUUUGUCGAAUAUUUCGCGUUGGACCUGUUGAUGGACCAAGGAAAGUGUGUCGGAGUUAUCGCCAUGGACCUGGAAGAUGGAUCCAUUCAUCGUUUCAGAGCCAACAACACCGUGCUGGCUACUGGAGGCUACGGAAGAGCCUACUUCUCGUGUACUUCGGCUCACACCUGCACUGGAGAUGGUAAGAGUUGAUGGUUUGUGGGGUUAUAGAUAGCAAGAUAGACGGAAAAUUUGUUUUUUUUUAGGUUUUAUACCUACUACAAUAUAAUCAAAAUGUCGAUAACCAAAUAAUCAGGAACCUAUGAAAAAAGUGUGUCUACUACAAUAUAAUUAAAGGCCUAAAACAAUACAAUAAUCAACUUUUAUUAUUAUAUUACUUUAGGUACCGCCCUCGUAGCCCGUGCUGGCCUCCAGAACUCGGAUAUGGAGUUUGUUCAAUUCCAUCCAACCGGAAUCUACGGAGCCGGUUGUCUGAUUACGGAAGGAUGCCGAGGUGAAGGUGGAUACCUAAUUAACAGCCAAGGAGAACGUUUCAUGGAACGGUACGCUCCAGUGGCCAAGGACUUGGCUUCGAGAGACGUCGUCUCCAGAUCAAUGACUGUUGAGAUCAUGGAAGGCCGAGGAGUGGGACCAGACAACGAUCACAUCUACCUACAACUACAUCAUCUCCCAGUGGAACAGUUGAACACCAGAUUGCCAGGUAAAAUACGGUGCUGGGACAAAAAAUUGAAUAUUUGUAAAGUCGUUUUAGGCUUGAUCACUAACUAAUUUCUAUAAUUUUAGGUAUGAAUUUUAACUAAUUUUUAACAAUUUUAGGUAUCUCCGAGACAGCCAAGAUCUUUGCCGGCGUGGACGUAACCAAAGAACCCAUCCCCGUCAUCCCAACCGUCCACUACAACAUGGGAGGCACCCCCACCAACUACAAGGGCCAAGUCAUCACCUAUACCCCAGACGGUGGCGACAAAAUCGUCCCAGGUCUCUUCGCCGCCGGCGAAUGUGCCGCUCACUCUGUGCACGGCGCCAACCGCCUCGGAGCCAACUCUCUCCUCGACUUGGUCAUCUUUGGCCGCUCCUGCGCUCUCACCAUCAACAGCCUGUCCAAGCCCGGAGACAAGGUACCGGAACUACCAGCCAACGCCGGAGAACAGUCGAUCACGAACGUGGACAAACUCCUCAACGCCAACGGCGACACAUCAACCGCCGACAUGAGGCUGAACCUCCAGAAGACGAUGCAACGUCACGCUGCAGUUUUCAGAAGAGGCGACCUACUUCAAGAAGGUGUAGCCAAGGUUAAGGAUCUUUAUAAACAAUUCAAACAUGUCAAAGUAUCGGACAGAGGCCUGGUGUGGAACUCGGAUCUGGUUGAAACUCUGGAGCUCCAGAAUCUCCUGAUCAACGCCAGUCAAACCAUUGUCGCAGCCGAGAAUCGCAAAGAAUCGAGAGGAGCUCAUGCUAGAGAUGAUUUCCCGGUAAGAAAUUAGAUUUUUUGAUUUUAAAAUUUGUAAAAGCUUAAAUUUGGAAAAAUAAUGAACUAAUGUUGAGGUAUAGGUAUGGGCAGUCAUUUUAAAUCAUUUUGAAGGCGGGUAGCGAAAAAAAAUUUUGAAAAAAAUCCACAGGGCGGACUAAGUUCAACAUUUUAAAUUUUUGUUUGAAAAAGUGAAAAAGGUUUGAAAUUUUGAAAAAUGACACUAUUUUAUACAUUUUCCUUGAUGAUGAAGUAAAAAAUUUUUUUUUUCAAAAAUUUUUUCAAAAGUCCAAGUUCAACAUUUCGAAAAAAAAUUUUUAGUUCUAAAUUUUUUUAAAAAAUAAAUACAUUGUCAUUCAAAGAUAAAGCAAAUCUCAAUCUAAAACCAAUUUUACACCAAUUUGAUACCUAAAUUUCAGGACAGAAUCGAUGAAUUCGACUACUCGAAAUCCCUCGAAGGCCAAAAAGAAAAGACGUUCGCCGAACACUGGCGCAAACACUCGAUCAUCUCCCAGAACAUUGAAUCCGGCGAAGUGAAGCUCGAGUACCGACCCGUCAUCGACACCACCCUGGACAAGUCCGAAACCGACUGGGUCCCACCAAAGGUCCGAUCUUAUUAG